CUUUACAAUAGAAGCUCGGUUGGAGAGGUCUGCGGAGAAAAGCUGGGAACGGCCGCUUCCGGCAUGUUCAUCUCUGGACGAAGAACGGCCGACAAGUGGAGGGCGGAGGAGAGACUCCAAUGCCCAGCGGGCAGUGCGCGGGCGGCGCUUGCGCGAUGCGCGGACGGGGGGGCGGUCGGGCCAUUUAAAUGUGUGUUUGUGGGUGAAAUGGCUGCGCAGGUCGGAGCGGUGCGCGUAGUACGGGCGGUGGCGGCGCAGGAGGAGCCGGACAAAGAGGGGAAGGAGAAACCUCCUGCUGGGGUCUCCCCGCGGGGAGUGAAACGGCAGCGCCGAUCUAGCAGUGGGGGGUCUCAGGAGAAGCGGGGACGGCCGAGCCAGGAGCCCCCUCUCGCUCCCCCUCACCGGCGGCGUCGCAGCCGCCAACAUCCUGGGCCGCUGCCGCCAACGAAUGCAGCCCCAACUGUCCCAGGCCCUGUUGAGCCUCUUCUCCUGCCGCCUCCGCCGCCACCUUCGCUGGCACCCGCUGGGCCCGCUGUCGCUGCCCCUCUCGCGGCCCCAAGCACCUCGGCCCUCUUCACCUUCUCGCCUCUGACGGUGAGCGCGGCCGGGCCCAAACAUAAGGGCCACAAGGAGCGGCACAAGCACCAUCACCACCGCGGCUCCGAUGGUGACCCCAGCUCCUGCGGAACCGAUCUCAAGCACAAGGACAAGCAGGAAAACGGCGAGAGGACUGGAGGGGUGCCUCUGAUCAAAGCCCCCAAGAGAGAAACACCAGAUGAAAAUGGUAAAACCCAGAGAGCCGAUGAUUUUGUCUUGAAGAAAAUAAAGAAGAAAAAGAAAAAGAAACACCGAGAAGACAUGCGAGGAAGACGCCUUAAAAUGUACAAUAAGGAAGUACAAACCGUCUGUGCUGGCCUGACCCGCAUCAGUAAAGAAAUUCUCACCCAAGGACAAAUAAAUAGCACUUCAGGACUUAAUAAGGAGUCCUUCAGGUAUCUGAAAGAUGAACAGCUGUGCCGAUUAAAUUUGGGCAUGCAAGAAUAUCGGGUACCCCAGGGAGUACAGACACCUUUUAUGACUCACCAGGAACAUUCUAUUCGUAGAAAUUUCUUAAAAACAGGUACUAAAUUUAGCAACUUUAUUCAUGAGGAACACCAGUCCAAUGGUGGUGCUCUUGUCCUUCAUGCUUACAUGGAUGAACUCUCAUUUUUGUCUCCAAUGGAGAUGGAGAGAUUUUCUGAGGAGUUUCUUGCUUUGACAUUCAGUGAAAAUGAGAAAAAUGCUGCUUACUAUGCUUUAGCAAUAGUGCAUGGAGCGGCUGCUUAUCUCCCAGACUUCUUGGACUACUUUGCUUUUAAUUUCCCCAACACUCCAGUGAAAAUGGAAAUUCUGGGCAAGAAAGAUAUUGAAACAACCACCAUUUCAAAUUUUCACACUCAGGUCAACAGGACAUACUGCUGUGGCACCUACCGAGCAGGUCCUAUGCGGCAGAUAAGUCUUGUUGGAGCAGUAGAUGAAGAAGUUGGUGAUUAUUUCCCAGAGUUCCUUGAUAUGUUAGAAGAAUCACCAUUUCUGAAAAUGACUUUGCCCUGGGGUACACUUUCCAGCCUCCGACUCCAGUGUAGGUCCCAGAGUGAUGAUGGGCCUAUAAUGUGGGUAAGGCCAGGAGAACAGAUGAUCCCUACAGCAGAUAUGCCAAAGUCACCCUUCAAAAGACGACGAUCAAUGAAUGAAAUAAAAAAUCUCCAGUACCUACCUCGGACCAGUGAACCCCGCGAAGUCCUCUUUGAAGAUAGGACUAGAGCUCAUGCUGAUCAUGUAGGUCAGGGGUUUGACUGGCAGAGUACGGCUGCUGUUGGAGUUUUGAAAGCUGUACAAUUUGGUGAAUGGAGUGACCAACCUCGCAUAACCAAAGAUGUGAUUUGUUUUCAUGCUGAGGAUUUUACUGAUGUUGUACAGAGACUUCAGUUAGAUCUUCAUGAACCUCCAGUUUCCCAGUGCGUACAAUGGGUAGAUGAAGCUAAACUAAACCAAAUGAGGCGGGAAGGCAUUCGUUACGCUAGAAUUCAGCUUUGCGACAAUGACAUCUACUUCAUCCCUAGAAAUGUCAUUCAUCAGUUCAAAACAGUUUCGGCAGUGUGCAGCUUAGCCUGGCAUAUAAGGCUUAAACAGUACCAUCCUGUUGUGGAAGCCACUCAAAACACAGAAAGCAAUUCUAACAUGGACUGUGGUUUAACUGGAAAGCGAGAAUUAGAAGUUGACUCCCAAUGUGUGAGGAUAAAAACUGAAUCUGAAGAAACAUGCACAGAGAUUCAGCUGUUGACAACUGCUUCAUCAUCCUUCCCACCUGCAUCAGAACUUAAUCUACAGCAAGAUCAGAAGACUCAGCCUAUUCCAGUUUUAAAAGUGGAAAGUAGACUGGACUCUGACCAGCAACACAAUCUGCAAGAACAUUCAACCACUUCUGUGUGAUAUGUACAUAUUCAAACACAUUUUUUAACUUUUUUAAAUUUUGAUGUGAAGUUAUAGUUUUAUAACUGGCUUAAGUUAAGUUUUAUUGGAGAAAUCUUGCCUAUAAUUCUAUAAAGAGAAAUGACAUUCCACAAAUGUCAAGCAUAUCUUUUUUACACAGAUUAUGCAAAGUUAAGAGUUGUAUCUUAUCCCGUUAGUACAGUAUGUAAUAGUGGGUCUGCUGCUACUUUCUGUUUUAAGGUGUGAGGUAACAAUUCAAUCUCUUCUUCAAAUCAAAAUGAGAAUUCUCUGGAAUAACAGAUUCUUAUUUGGUAAAUUAUUCACUUCCCUUAAUUUUAUCUUGCCUUGUCUCUUGCCAUAUUUGCUGUUUUUAUGGAUAAAUCAGAUUUAUGGUUUAGUAUUUGUGUCUUUAUGGCACAGGUUCAAUUUCUACAGUAAAAAUGGCAUAGGUUGCAGGAAAGAAUUCCUGCAUCUGGUACAUGGGCAAGUAAGUUAUUUAGUUCUAACCACAAAUAACAAGUAGUUUCUAAGGAAAUUUCAGUGGCUCUCUGGUUUCUUAACAAAAGAGAAAGCACAGCACUUUCUGAUCCAAACUGUCUUUUUUUUUGUAUCUGUUAUUUAAAGCCCAGUGGAUAUUUCAAUUAAAAAAAAAUCUAAAGAUGAAUAGUCCUUGGUCAUUCAUUAUCUAUGGCU